GGCGUUUUCAAGUUGUCGUCCACUCGUCGACUGGUCGACUCGUCGCCGUUGAGAAAGGGAAAAAAAAAUUAAAAUUACAGUCUUAUCGUUUGUCACCUCAAUUCUCUUUCCCUUUCUCUCGCUCUCCGAAGAAGCCCUCGGCCUUUCUCGCUCUUUCCUUCGGUUUCUUGGGAAACAAAAUGGCAAACGCAGCUUCAGGAAUGGCUGUGCAUGAUGAUUGCAAGCUGAAGUUUUUAGAACUGAAAGCUAAAAGGACUUACCGCUUCAUAGUUUUCAAGAUUGAAGAAAAGCAAAAGCAAGUAGUUGUGGAAAAGCUUGGUGAACCUACUGAUAGCUACGAGGCUUUCACUGCUAGCCUUCCAGCUGACGAGUGUCGAUAUGCUGUCUAUGACUUCGAUUUUGUGACCGAUGAGAACUGCCAGAAGAGCAGAAUUAUUUUCAUUGCCUGGUCUCCUGAUACAUCAAAAGUAAGAAGCAAGAUGAUCUAUGCCAGCUCCAAGGACAGGUUCAAAAGGGAAUUGGAUGGUAUCCAGGUAGAGUUGCAAGCUACCGAUCCUACCGAGAUGGGUCUCGAUGUCAUAAAGAGCCAUGCCAUGUAAAAUGUAUUAUCUACUUUGAAAUGUUUCACUUAAAUGCAAUGUCUAUAUCAAAUUUGGAACUUGAACUUGCUUUGAUAUUGGGUUGUUGUUCCUGAAAUUAUACUCUUCAAUCCCUUGUCUUGAUUUGUUACAUCUGUGGAUUCAUAUGGGGUCAGUGUUCCCCCCUUACUGACUAAUAUAUGAUGGUUUGUGGGGGUACCAAUCUCAUUACAGUUUGACUGUUGCAUUCCUUCUCUCUUUAUGUUGGAUUCUAUAGUAUUGUUUUAUCUCUCUUCACUAGAGAGCUUUAACAUCAGCAGCAAAUAUAUAGUGAUAUUUCUUACUGGUGCAUUAACUUUUCCAUUCCUUGCAUUUUGACAACCCAACAUGAUUAGUGUCUUUGAUAUAGGC